AUGGAGGAAGACGCUGUCGAUGAGGAUAGCGCAUCGACUCCCCCUGAAGCCACUCUACCGGAGCAAACCUCACCAAUUGCUAGCGAAGACGUGGUUCAAGCCGUUCUCGAUCUUGCAACAGACGCACAAGACGAGGUCGCCAAUGAAAAAGGAGACGAGGACGAAGAGCAGCAGGUGAAGGAUACAAACGCGCAUGAAACAGCGCUCCCGACUCAAGAGCAGCAGCAAACCAGUGCCCAGGAUGAAGAGGGUCAAGAGAUAUCGAGCCAUUCAGCUGAGGGUGAGCUUUUGACAAACCUCGCACUCCAGGGCAACGAAGGCGAAGAGGUUGUCAUGACUACCGAUGAUGAUGCGGAGGCGGCUUCAUCCCCUCCGGUUGUGCCUCCACCAGCACCUGCAGCCGUCCCUGUCAUCGUUGGCUCUAUGAAUCCCGUGGAAGACCACAAUGAUGAUUCAGACGGCUCCCAGGGCGAAGAUGACGAUGAGAGCACACCUGCGCCACCUCCGUUGCAGUUGAACGACCCAGACGACGAUGACGAGGAUGUGCUGGAGGUCGAUGCGGCAGUGGUGAGUACGCUGGAAAUCGAGCAGAAGCAGCGGAUGGAGAAACGCGCUGAGACGGACCAGCAAGUGUCAAAACCAAGAGACCAACCUGCUACUGCUGAUAAGGAAGACAACGCCCUUUUGAAGGCACUUCCCAGCGUUAACGCCAGCGAUACGAGCGCGAUUGACCUUUCUUUCGGGGAGGAAGUUCGGGUUGCACACGUCACGACGCUGGAGCCUAGUAGCCCCUUCUCGGACAUCCACAAAAUGGCCGGCGGGGCCAACGCGACUAAGCUCAGCGCUGACGCUACGUUUGGUAUCUCGUACCAGAGCAUGCGCAAGAAAGCUGACGAGCCUCACGCUGCCGAGGACGAUGGUGGAUACUCGCUGCCUAGCGGCCCGGCGUUCCCCGACGAGCGCGAGUUCGAGAACGAGAUGGAGCUGACGAGCGACUUGUCGUUCUCAGUGGCAACUGCCGGCAGCGCCAGUCCUAGCAAGGCGGAGGAGGACGAGUUCGCGUUUGACAUCAAGCCCGCUGCAGAGUUGAAUCUGUUGUCGGAAGACGAGCUCAGAGCUCGGAGAGAGUCGCUGGAGGCUCAGAAGCGGAGGGAAGAGGAAGAACUGCUAAAGGAGCUCAAACGGGCCACGGACGAGGAGAAGAAGCUCAUUGAGAGCAACAAAGCGGCGGAGACAGCUCAGGCUGAACCCGUAGCUGUCGGAGCGACUGACGCUGCCGUUGAGCCUGACGUUCUUUCGUUGACGGAGUUGCACAGCAUCUAUAAGCGAGGUCUUGGGGACCAGGAGGUCCUGAUGGAUGAGAACGAGAGCGCUGAUGCAACGAAAACGACUGAGAGCCCCGAAAUUGGUCGGUCGAUGUCCGUAAUGGGGCGCAUCUUCAGUCAAACACAAGGAGCCACCGAGACUAUAGCAGAGGAAGCCGACGGUGACGAAGAUAGUGAAGAGAACGUCGAAGAUCACGGAGGCUCCGACAUUGCUAACGCUGUCGGUGACAACGCCGAAGAUACGAAGACAAUCACCGAGAAGAGCGACGUCGACGAAGCGUCCGAGUGGCGGGAGAUCAAACUGGUGCAGCAUCGACAAACCCAAGAGGACUCAGGAUCGGGUUCGCCUGCAAAGACCAACAAUGGUUCAGAGACAGCGUCAGUGUCUCGGAUAACUUAUGCGGAAGCAGCGGGCUACUACGCGGAGACACCCGACGUCAUGCAGCACCGAGACAUCAUUGUAUCCGAGGACUUCCCCCGUGGCUCAUGCUUGACUUGCUUGUCACGCCCUCGACUCACGUUCGCUGGAGCGAUUGAAGAGCGCGAUCGCGUGUUCUGCAUCGCUGCCACCGCCUUCGACGCUCACAACGAGGUGGUGGUGAAGAUGCUGCAGACGAUCUACAGGAAGAUCACGAAAAGCCCGCGCGACGUGCUUCUCAUCGGCAGACACUGGGAAGAUGUCGGUUUCCAGGGCACGGACCCCUCCACGGACCUGCGUGGCUGCGGCGUGCUCUCGCUGCUCCAACUCCUGUACUUGGUGGACGCCUACCCAGACCUGGCGCAUCGCUUCCACGGGCUCUCGCAGCACCCGACACGCCACUUCCCGUUCGCCUGUGUGCUCAUCAACAUCACGCUGCAGUGCGUCGUGGCUCUACGUAGUGGGGUCCUCUACGCUGAGUGCAACAAGCAUGCGAGCGUGCUGUCUGGCAUGAACCGGCUGUACGUCGCUCUGACCUCCAACCUCCACGACGCGAUCCAGUCUCGAUCGGAUGAGAUCCCUCUCAUCAUGAAGGACGUGCUGGAUCGUGGCCGAACCAACCCAGCAAAAGUGAUCGACGAGGCCUUCGAUGGACCAACGCUGCGUCCCACUCGACCAGCUGCCGCCGCUACUUCUUCAAAGGCGAAAGGAGCCGACCGCAAGGAUCUGGAGUUCACUGAGAUCGGACUGCACUCUGUCGACGAGGAGUGA